UUUCAGAUGCUGUAGAGAUGACAAACGUUACGGGAUUCACAGAAAGACUAAACCUUUUUACAUUGAUUUGGGGACUCGGAAAUGCGAUCUCGACACUUCCUGAACCUCAGACGGCUCCGAUAGAAAAUUACGAUUGGAUGCAUUGCGAUGAGCCGGCGAAUGACACAAUUUCCCAACUCGUCUUGAGAAGGUUGUUCGAUGACAAUUACAAUAAGAAUACGGUUCCGUUGAAGACGUCGGCCACAGUUGUGUCCGUAGAAUUUGGAAUUCAGAAUAUAGCACAAGUGUCCGAAAUUUCGGCAAGCUUCACAUUAGAUUUGCUGUUCAGUCAAAUAUGGCAUGAUCCUCGACUUCGAUUUGAUCAUCUCACUAAUUGUCUUCAGAAUCUCACAUUAGGAUAUUCAAUGGUAGAAAAGCUGUGGACACCAAAUGUAUGUUUCGUGAAUUCCAAAAAAACAGAGAUCCAUUCGUCUCCAACACCAAAUAUAUUUCUAAUGAUAUACCCGAAUGGGACAGUAUGGGUAAAUUAUCGACUACAAGUGCAAUCACCGUGUAUGGUGGAUCUAGUACUCUUUCCAAUGGAUAUCAUGAACUGUGAACUUAUAAUCGAAAGCUACGCGUACAACGCUGCAAAAGUGAAACUGAAUUGGCGGGAAUGGCAGCCAGUGUUCUCAAUAGCUAAAUCGAAACUUUCGGAUUUCACCCUAUACGGUCUGCAGUGGACAAAAAAUAGUUUUGAAUAUGCGGCAGGUCAAUGGGAUCAACUGACGGUGUCUUUGACCUUCUCACGUGCCUAUGGAUUCUAUAUUCUUCAAAUGUACAUUCCAACUUAUUCCUCAGUUUUCUUGUCGUUUGUUAGUUUUUGGAUAGACCUGAAAGCUCUUCCAGCUAGAAUUACACUUGGAGUCAGUUCACUAAUGGCUUUGACAUUUCAGUAUGGAAAUGUUGCUAAAAACCUGCCGAGAGUUGGUUAUGUGAAAUCAAUUGACGUUUAUAUGGUGCUAACAACCGCGUUUAUAUUUCUAACAAUGAUUGAAGUGGCUUUCGUUUGCUAUCUGGACAGUGAGAAUAACUUGAGGCGAAAAGAACGGCAGGCGGAGAAGAAAAAAGAACGAGUCGCGGUUUUACAAAGAAAAAAAGACAGAAAGAAAAAUAACUAUGGUGCAACUACAGUAACCAAUGCAAAUGCAGCAGAGAGCGACUUGAGGAGCAAUUAUGAUGAGCCUUUUUCACAGAACGGGACUACAAGCCAUAAAAUUUCAAUUUCUCGACAAGCGAACAAUAUGUUCGAAUCUUUGCACGCUCUCGCACAAUUCGGACUCCUCACGGAUGACGAUGACGAAAAUACCAAAUGGACUGCACAAAAUGUCGACAAAUUCUGCAGAAAAGCAUUUCCAUUGUCGUUUUGUUUUCUGAAUCUCAUAUAUUGGUGUUAUUAUUUAUACCAGAAUUAUUUGGCAAAGGCCGAAGCUCUUGCUCAAAUGACGCCACCAUCCUGAUUUUCGGGUGACUGUUUUUUUAGAAGACAUUACGGGAGAAUAAUUUAUGAAUAAAGUUGAAUUUUGAUU